GGUCUUAUAUUUUAUGGGUUUUAUCGUUUUUUUAUAGUUGGUGGCAUGAAAUAUGAAACCACACCAGAAGAAGAAAGGAAAUACAGAUUUUCAGUACAACCAGUGAGUUCAUCGGUGGCUGGUCUGUAAACAGAUGAUCGCAAGCUAGCGUCGUUGUCUAUGUUAAUUGAAAAGUUUCAGCUGGGUUUAGUUUUCAGCGGUGUUUUUACUGUCCUUUGAACUAGUCUUUAGAGGUGGAUGAAUACAGGGUUCCGUCUGAAACCCUCCCUCUCCUGCCUCCUGCUGCUUCUCCCCCAAAGACUCCCAGCUCCUCUUCCUCUGGGUUGCACCUGUGAUGACGUCACCGUGCUGUGGCUUCCUGGCGCAGUACACCCACCAUCACCUGGUUGCCUUCCUCCUCACCUUCUUUAGCUAUGUCCUCUUGCACGCCUCAAGAAAAACCUUCAGUAAUGUCAAGGUUAGCAUCUCAGCUCAGUGGACUCCCUCUGUUCAGAAUGCCAGCCUUCCUGCUUUCUCACCCAGAAAGACAUGGGAGGAUAAUAAGCUGUUUGCCGACUCGGAUGAAGCCACCCUGUUCCUGGGAGCACUGGAUACCAUCUUCCUCUUUUCCUACGCUGUGGGCCUUUAUGUUAGUGGAGUGAUUGGAGACCGCAUGAACCUCCGAUAUGUCCUCACCUUUGGACUGUGUGGUUCAGCCAUAGUGGAGUUUGUGUUUGGUACGCUGACCGAGUGGCUGCAGUUCUAUAACAUCUACCUGUACUGUAGCCUCUGGGUGCUGAACGGCUUAAUGCAGUCAGCUGUCUGGCCUUGUGUCGUGGCAGUCAUGGGCAACUGGUUUGGCAAGUCCGGUCGAGGUUUCGUGUUUGGUUUAUGGAGCGCCUGUGCCUCGGUCGGAAACAUUCUGGGAGCUUUCCUGGCCUCUAGUGUUCUCAAGUAUGGAUACGAGUAUGCCUUCCUGGUCACUUCUGUGGUGCAGUUUGCUGGUGGGGUGGUGGUGUUCUUUGGUCUGCUCACCUCCCCAAAAGAAGUGGGUCUGUGUUUAGAGAACGAGACCGGUUUAAGUCCGGUGGAGACGGACACAGACAGCCACAGGCCUCUGAUGAGUGACGAAGAAGAGGAGGACGAGGAGGGAUCAGAGGAGGCGUGUGACGGAGGGUACUACUCGAUCCAGCAGGGCAGCGUGGAGCCGGAGGAGACUCCUAAAGCCAUCGGGUUCUGCCAGGCCUUCAGUCUGCCUGGGGUGUUGCCUUAUUCCUUGGCUUAUGCAUGUCUGAAAUUGGUCAACUACUCCUUCUUCUUCUGGCUACCAUUCUACCUGAGUAGGAACUUUGGCUGGAAGGAGGCAGAGGCCGACAGGUUGUCUGUAUGGUACGACGUGGGAGGCAUCAUAGGUGGUACGAUCCAGGGCUUGAUCUCAGACUGCAUGGGGAAAAGGGCUCCAGUCCUGUUCGUCAGUCUACUUCUUGCUAUGUGUUCCCUGGUUGGGUACAGCCACUCCCCUGCCGACCAGGUGGUGAACGCCGCUCUCCUGGCCGCAACGGGUUUCUUCAUAGGAGGGCCAUCCAACAUGAUCAGCUCGGCCAUCUCCGCAGACCUGGGACGACAGGAGGCCCUCAGGGGAAGUCGGGAGGCUUUGGCUACUGUCACCGGGAUAGUGGACGGGACCGGGAGCAUAGGAGCCGCUGCAGGACAGUAUUUGGUAUCCCUGAUCGAGAGCAAACUAGGCUGGAUGUGUGUGUUCUACUUCUUCAUAGUCAUGACAGGGGGCAGCAUACUCUUCAUUUCGCCGCUGAUCAUAACAGAGAUUCGCUCCAUGUGGAUGGACAGACAGGCACGAAGACGUCAGCUGUGAAGUGUGUCAAGAAGACUGCCACAAAGCUAAAUCACACCUAUUCCUGCACCUCCAUUUUAAUACAACACUGCUAACCCUAGGCCUAACAUUAAAUUAGGACCAAUAAGCCCCCUCCAAAAGUCAACGAUUUUUACAAUAUAGCCAAUUUAGACUUUUUGACUGUGUUAUCUAGUAGGAACCAUGUAAAGCCUUCCAGCCAUGUUGUAUUCAUACUCCUUUCCUACAGACACUCAUUCUGUCAAGCAAGGGUUCGGUCGAGAAACAGAAACCCAUAAUGCCCAUGUCCCCUGAUCCCUACAGUAGAUAUCAUAGGAUGAGAGGCAGGUACACACAAUACGGGGAAAUCCAUCGUCCAUUGAAGGCACUGUUGUGGUAGUACCAAAUGGGUGAUUUUCACUCCUUUCAGAGCUACAGGAUGUCUACCUAACUGGGGUUUCUGGAUGUGGCAACUCAGAAUGUACAGUAUAUAUAUGAAUGUGUGUGAAAUUGAUGUAUAUAUUUGAUCUGAAGCAAGUUUUUUCUAAAGAUGCUACUUCAGCGCCUUUUUGAGUGGGGGCAGGGCCCUCUCAGUGUGUUUGUGGUCUGAAACGAGACGUUCCAAGCAGUUAGGAAUCAUUCCAAUUCCUUAACAGUUUACUGUAUUAUGAUUUCACAUGUAGAAUGAUUGAACUCCUCAGGUGCUCUAAGUUGGGAAAAGAGUCACCGAGAACAUACACCCACUGAAGUCACUCACUCCUAGAAUCUCGUACAUGCGCCUGCUUGGUUGAUAAUCAGUCAUUGCAUGUAGCACAAACUGUAGGUUAUCAGUGGACAUGGUACGUUGCCAAUGUUUUGUAUGUAUGUAUGUAUACUUUUUAUCGUUUUAAAUGUCUGCAGCCGUUAGGGUUGCAAAGUUCCAGGAACUUUCAAUAAAUUCGCUGGUUUAUCCAAAAUCCCACUUGAAGGAUGACCAGAAUUAGGAGAGAAAUCUGCAAUCCUCCAAGCCUUCUUUUCCUUAGGGAUGUAUUAUAUUCUUUUGAUUGCACGCCUGUGAAAGUCUUCAAGCUAUUUUCAUUUUUUUAAGCUGGGGUGUCAAACAUCCUUUUUGAUUUCGUCUAAUCCUGCUUGCGGGUGGUUUUAGUGAAAUAUUCCCACAAGAACUCUAAGCUUCUAUCCAUGUGUGUCAUGUCUUCUCAACAUAAUUUAGUUUACAGAUUCUGUUAACAUGGUACAAUGGUGUUUUUUACUGUGGUACUGAAGGACAAUGUAAAGAAAUUAGACUGGGAUCAGUUGUUAAAUUACUGUACCAAAGCAACAAGUGCAUUUCAGCUCGUCUAAUACCUCCUACAUUGAUGAAGUGGAAUGUCUUUAUUUUAUCAUUGUCGAAUGUAUGUUCUGCAUCUGUGGUAAAUGUUUUUCUUUCAUAUGUGCACUUUAAAUUAAUGUUUUAGCAAGAAUGUUGUGUUCUAUUAAUUUUUCAAUAAACACAAAUUAACUUUUUAUAAA